AUGUUUGUGUGGAGGCAACUACGUCGUGGGCACAACGAUAAAGGGCGGGGAUUUGCGGUGAAAUCCGUUCGUUCACUCGUCAUCCACCCAACGUUGAAUAUGUUCGCCUCAGCAAGUCCGGAUAACAUCAAGCAAUGGAAGUCGAAAGAUGGAGAAUUUCUACAAAACUUAUCAGGACACAACGCUAUUGUGAAUUCCAUGGCUGUCAACGAACAAGGUGUACUCGUUUCUGGAGCUGACAACGGUUCAAUUUGUUUGUGGGAUUGGCGUUCGGGCUUUUGCUUCCAGCGUGAACAAACCAAGGCUCAGUCGGGUUCCAUUGAUUCGGAAGCUGGAAUUUACGCAAUGACUUUUGAUAGAACAGGGACACGUCUCAUCACAGCCGAGGCCGACAAAACCAUUAAAAUGUUCAAAGAAGACGAUGAGGCGACCGAAGAAUCUCAUCCAAUCGUCUGGCGUCCCGAAAUCAUCAAGCGAAAAGCAUAU